AAUGCAUAUUGAUAACAAUAUGAUCACUGUAUUGAUAAACGUAGCGGUGACCCUAAUAUUUGAUACAUUUUAGGCAUCUUCGGAACAAUUGCCUCGCCUGUGGCAGAAUAUCAAAUGCAGACAACGGGAUGCCAUCACGAGAGAACGGCAGUACCGAAUGGGAACAGGGGGAGGUGCUAAUAUUCCCGAUGCCAUUAUAGACCCAAACAUAUCGGACAUAUCUGAUUCUCUGUUAGUAGAAAUACCAGGAGCAAAUGACUCAGAUGGAAUGGCCACUUUCCCACAAUCUGGUGAUUCAUUUCAGUUGGGUUCGGUUGAAAUAGAAAUAGAGCAGCCAUUGUCUCUCCAUCAGUCUGCACAAGCAAAUUCAAAUCAACAAGAAUUAGAACAUUCACAUAGUGUACCUGAACCAGCAGCCAGGAGAGAAGUAAUAGAACCUGAUGCUCCAUUUCAGUCGGGUCCAAUUACAACAGAUAUAGAAGUAUGCGAUACAUCUCGGCCGAGGCAACCACAGUCUUCUCUACAGUAUGAACAAACAAAUUCAAAUCAACAAGUGUCACAAUCUGAACUGACAUGCCAAAUCCUUAUGUGGAACCCCGGAAACGAAAGCGUGCCCAAUGAUUUCAUUGAUAUCCUCAACGAUGAGGAGUCUGAGUCAGAUGAAGAGAUCGUUGAGGAGGAAAUUGAACAGGAGGGCGACCUAGCAGCGCAAAUCGACCUACUGAACCUAUUAUCUGGAAGUAAUAUUUUCGUGGUGCAGAGCGCCGGAACUCUGGCUCCUACGGCGAGGCCAGAACCCAUAUCAGACGUUGUAGCCAGCGAUACUGACGAGGAAGAGGAGCAAGCCGACGAGUUAGUUUCAUGGGCUAGUAGCAGAGUUUUUUCGAUAAUCCUUAUACUGCCCAUAACGCAUCGAUCAUAA